UUGAUAUAUACGUAUAACACUUGGCAACGUAGCAAUUGAUGACAACGUCAAAGUCACUGUCUCACUACUGUCAUUAGUGUCAAUGUUCAAAUUAUCAAAAACUUUGAAAUCGUACGACAUAAUCAAUAUAAAUAGUUUAAUAACAAUUUACAUGCACGUAACAUCUACCAAAUUGCAGUAAAAAUGUGGAGUGGUUGCUGUGGAUGUUGUAGUGCAUUUAGACCUAGAUAUAAAAGACUAGUAGAUAAUAUAUUUCCAGUUUAUCCCCAAGAUGGUUUGGUUAAAUCGAAUAUGGAAAAACUUACCUUUUACUCCCUCAGCUCGCCCGAAAAGCUAGACAGAAUAGGAGAAUAUUUAUAUCAAAGAGCUGCUAGGGAUAUUUACAGAAAAAAAUAUGGCUUUGUUGUUAUUGCAAUGGAAGCAAUGGAUCAACUUCUUUUAGCUUGCCAUGCUCAAACUUUGAAUUUAUUUGUGGAGAGUUUUUUGAAAAUGGUUCAAAAAUUACUGGAAUCCACGGAACCGGAAUUACAAAUUUUAGCCACCCAAUCAUUUGUAAAAUUUGCUAAUAUUGAAGAAGAUACUCCGUCUUAUCAUAGAAGGUAUGAUUUCUUUGUUAGUAAAUUUUCCGCGAUGUGUCAUAGUGGAGAAAAAGAAGAAGUGAGGGAUAAAAUCCGGACCGCGGGAAUAAAAGGAUUGCAAGCUGUUGUAAGAAAAACAGUAUCUGAUGAUCUUGUUGAAAAUAUUUGGGAACCUGUACAUAUGGAUAAAAUUGUACCAAGUCUUCUUUUUAAUAUGCAAGAAUCUGGUUUUCAUAAAAAAGAAUCGGAAGCUAUUGAUGGUGGACAAGAAGAUACUUUAGAUCCCCCAAUGCUAGCAGAAACCUGUAUGAGAGAAUUAGUUGGGAGGGCAUCUUUUGGUCAUAUUAGGGCUGUGCUUAGACCAGUUUUCAGACAUUUUGACCUACAUAAAUUGUGGGUACCUAACCAGUUUGCUAUUCACACAUUUAGGAUAAUUAUGUUUUCUAUUCAGGCGCAAUAUUCUUAUACUGUAGUUGAAACGCUGAUGGCGCAUCUCGAUGAUAACACGAAAUCCAGUCCGACGAUAAGAACAAAUAUCGCCGGUGUGCUAUCGAAAAUAAUUGCAAUUGCCGCAGGAGAGAGUGUUGGACCUUCUGUAUUAGAAAUAAUCAACUCUCUCCUCAGCCACUUGAGAGACUCGGUGAAAAAUGAAGCGAGUCAAACUGAGGAAAAGGAAUACCAAGAAGCUUUGAUAAACGCUUUAGGAGAGUUCGCUAAUCAUCUUCCAGAUUACCAAAAAAUCGAAAUUAUGAUGUUCAUCAUGAGCAAAAUACCUUUCCCGCUCGUUAACAAUAAUUCACCGGCAGAUAAUCUGUUGCAAAGUAUUUUAUUAAAAAGUUUAUUGAAGGUUGGUACGAAAUAUCAGACUAUUCAUUUGAACACAACUUUCCCGGUAUCGUUUUUGGAACCUUUAUUAAGAAUGUCUUUAGCGCCGGAUCCCGAUAUGCGUCUUUUAGUACAAAAAAUUUUACAUACUCUCAUCGAUAGGCACAAUAAUCUCGAGAAGCUCUCUAAACCCACAGUCAACGUUGCUGAUUUAGAUUUGGUAUUAGAGAAAUCUUCUAGACCAGAUUUGAUAUUUAUUAACAAACAUGGACCUAUUAUAUACGAUGCUCUUUAUACUAGCCUACAAAUUGAUACCAAUGUACCAGAUAAUAUCGAAGCAGUUUAUACAACAUUGGCUUUACUUUGUGUCGAAUUGGCUUGCGCAGAAACUGUUAUAGAUUUAUUACAGUUAACUUUGGGCAUACAAAGCCUUGCUCUUAACAGCACGUCACUUUCGAAUGCUCAGAAAUUCAAUCUACACGCCAUUGUGAUUAGUUUAUUAAUGCUUAUACCAACAGUCGUUAAUAUACAACCUCUAGCUAAUUAUGCAGCACAAAUCGCCGAGCAGAGAAAACAGGAAGCAUUGCAUUUACUUCCCGAUCUUUAUUCGCACUAUUCGGAUAAUAGCGAGGUGGCGAAUAAGCUUCCUCAUCUACUUGUGGACCAGAUGGCCGUUUGCGAAUAUGUCAAGGAAAGUGGUAUAGACCCAUCCAGACUUCAACAAACCUCACCGUAUGGAGCUGGUGGGCCUGGUCUAAUUGCUGGUUCACAACGAAAUAGUUGGAUAGAAAAUGGAGCUCGAGGAAGUAUAAUUGAAUUACCCAUAGCCGAAGUGGAUAGCGCAGCGAGUUCUCCAGGUGUUCAGAAGAAACAUACUGAAGAAGAUUUGAACUUUGAAAGUAUGAAGAAAGUUUUGACAGAACCACCUGAAAUUCGAAAAGAGGCAGAAGCGGAAAGAAGAAAAAUGUUAAGUCAUACAUUUAGGACGGCCACGUUUUCGGAAUUAGUGCGACGGACUCAACCUAAGCAUGAUGUUUUACAGAGCAAACUAAACGAAAUCUUUAAGUCAUUAACUGCGAACGAAAAUCGGAGUCCUACAGAUGAGAAGAAAGAAGACAUCAUCCCUCACUACGAACAGAAUUUCCCAGAAUUAUUCUAUUAUUAAAUUCUAAAAAUAUAAUUAUAGAAGAAGUAGCGGUUUAGAUCGGAAGAAACGGUUAAAAAAAUAAGAAGUUAUUCGUAUUUUUAGUUUCUGAUAAGGUACUUUUCAACGAAAGUGAUAGAUAUUUCACCUGAUAAUGAAUUUACAGAGAACAAGAAUAUUAGAAAUAUAUUUUUCAAGUUUAUGAAAGAUUUACAUCAUGUUUUUAUGUAAAAUAAAAUCUAAGUCAAUAUUAUUAAGCUGAAAUUAAGUUUUUUUUGUAAAUCUAAUUAAUAACCCAGUUUUUAGAAACUAUUAUUUAUAAAACUAAUUUAAUUGAAAUUGUUGCUAUAUUUUUGUAUAAAUUGUAUCUAAAUUAUUAGUUAUAAUAAACGAUUCUCCUGUUAAUUAAACUUAAAAUAUUUCAAAUCGGUUGUGAUCGUUGAAUUCAUUAUAUAAGAAAAUAGGUUGGUGUUUAAUUGGAAUUAAAAGAUGUAAUAAAAAAAAAACGUUAAUAUUGUAACUUGAGACAAAUAAUUCAAUCAUAUAGUGACAUUUUAUCAAUCUAUCUGGUAUCUCUGUAACUUACCAAUACAUGUAAAGCCAUAGGCAUGGUUUAAAUGAGAUAUGUUAAAAAUGAGAAACUUGGUAGAUUUUAAAAUAAUACCAAACACUUGUUCUUCGGCAACGUCUAUAUUAUGACUAACUCAUGGAGGAUCUUUUUUGUCCUAUGAAACAUGACAUGUUUAAAGUAAACAAGAGAGGGCGCUAGGUGCAUUAUAAAAAGGAGGGUAUUUCAAACUUUACAACACCCCCACUAGUUUGAAAUAAUAAUUCACAAGCUUUCUAAACCCAGGUGUUUCAAAAACUUGUAAUGUUUGUUUGCUUUCAAGGCUUUUGUCAGGAUAUCUGCAGGUAUAACAUUUGUCUGCAGGUAUUCUUUAUUGAUCAAACCACUUGUUGCAGUUUCUCUAAUGAAACAUGGGGUUUGACGUAAGCUUUAGGGCACUUUGACUAUCACUAUAAAUUGAAACACAAUCAAAGGAACCUGUCAAUUCUCUUAAUAGGUUUCGAAAAUAUAUGGCCUCCUUAGCUGCUUCUGCUAAGGCCAUAUAUUCGGCCUCAGUGCUUUAGAGGGCGACUGUUUUUUGUUUACUGCUCUCCCAAGACACGGCUGAAUUUGAAAAAAUGUAACAAAAACCUGUAUAUGACUUCCUAUCCAGAGAAUUGCUGGCCCAAUCAGCAUCCACAAAACCUUCUAGACUUUUUGAGUCUUUCUGAAACUUUAAACAUAAAUUUUUGGUUAUCUGUAGAUAUUUCAAAAUUCUUUUAACACUCUGCCUGUGAGUAUUAUUAAACUGGCUAAGAAAACUAACACUAUAAGAUAUAUCUGGCCUUGUCAUGACUGCCAAGUACAUUAGGCCACCUAUUAAAUAUUUAUACGGUAAGGGAUUGGAACUUUCACUUUUUGGUAAGUUUAAGUUUCUCUCCUUUGGCGUAUUGACCGUUUUGCAGUCAAACAUCUCAAAUUUAGAUAAUAAAUAUUCUAUGUAAUGUCUUUGGUCCAAUGUUAUGACAUUCCUUGCCUUGUCUAUACGGAUGUUCAUUCCUAAAAUUUGCUUAGCCUGGCGAAGAUCUUUUAACUUGAAAUUUACCGCUAAUUAUUUUUUUAAAACAUUUGAUUCAACAAUAUCAUUUGAAAAAAUGAAGAAAUCAUCAACAUAUAAGGCAAUGAUUGUCAUUAGACCCUCAUUAAACUUAAUGAAGACACAUGGCUCAAAUUUGGAUAUAUUGUACCCUAAAUAUCUUCGACCUUCUUGUACCAAACAUGAGAGGAUUGUUUUAGGCCAUAAAUGGCACGUUUCAAUUUUAAAACUUUAUUUGAUCCAUCUGAAUUUACAAAACCUUCAGUUGGCUCAUGAAAAUGGUCUUCUCUAAAUGACCAUGUAAAAAGGCUGUGGUUACGUCUAAAUCUAAUUUUACACUUAAAGCUAUUAACAACCUUAGGGUAGAGUGCCUAACAACAGGCGAAAAGGUUUCAUUGUAAUCUAUCCCUUCUAUUUGGGCAAAACCCUUAGCUACUAACCUAACUCGGUAGGUUUUAUUAUUAGCACUGUCAACCUUCACUUUAAAUACCCAUUUAUACUGCACUAAAGCACUACCUUCUGGCAAGUCUGCCAGUUUCCAAGUUUCAUUGUCCUGGAGACUCUUCAACUCGUCUACCAUGACUGCCAUGAUGAAGCCUCUGCAACACCUACUGGAGAGCUUCAUCUGGGUAGUUCUCUGGACUUAAAUAAGUCACAUAUUCAUCAAAUUUUUUUACCUUUUUCUGUCUUUCCGAUUUUCUAGGCACUACACUAUCACUAAAAGACUUUUCUGAUGUGUUAACUGGCACGUAGUCACUGUCACUUGGAUUAUCUGCUAUUAAGGUAUCAUCACAUACUUUGAUUUUCUUUUACUAUACGGAGAAUGGUCGCACUGCGCAGCUUACUGAGUGCCUUUUAAAAGGAGAUAGAAAACUCCUCCAUUUUGAACCCUUAUUACGUGUUGCCUAUAUCUUGGCGCAAUAUUUUUAAUAGGUGCGUUUUAAUCAUCCGCUUCUGCUUCGGAAUUGUCGGUUUUCUUGUUUUAAUCUGACAGGUUAAAACGACUAAACCGACAAUUCCGGAAGCAGAAGCGGAUGAUUAAAACGCACCUGAUAUUUUGCUUGCUGCUGUCAGUGAAUAUUAUUUUUGAAGUCACAAUUUAUUGCUAAAGAAUCAGUUAGCUCACUCGGACCAGUUGAAAGUUCCAAAAUAACAUCCACUCCAGGGAUACAAAUUCAGGAUACGCAGAAGACUGCUGUUUUAUUAUAGGCGGUUGUCAUAUAUUGUAUUAUCCGAGUUGCACAGUGUAUAAACUGAAACAUUGAGAUCAAAAGUGCCGACGCAGAGUGAGCGAUCUGAUUCUUUAGCUGUAAACUGUGUCACAGGGUUCAAAAUGGCUGCGCCCUAUGUUGGGCGUGUCGGACCUCUCUCUUGCCUCGCAUAGUAAUCAAAGUAUGUGGGUAUCAUCAAUAGAACUUGUGGUUAAAUCUGAGUUAUCUUCUCGGAUUAAGCUAACAUCUGAGUUAUCUUCCCCCACUGAAAUUGGUAAUUCUUCCUUGCUUUCAGCAACUACGAUGUCAAAAGUCUUAGUAUUUAGAUCCUCAUAGAUAUAUACAUAUUUGCUAGUUGUGACAUCAUCUGUUUUAGGAUUAUAAACUCGAUAGCCUUUUAUUUCUUCAGAAUAUCCUACCAAAAUAUGUUUAUUAGAUUUUUUGUCAAAUUUUAAACGUUUCUCUUUUGCAGAGGCUUUAUCAUGGCAGCCUGUAGAGGCAAGUCAUGGUAGACGAGUUGAAGAGUCUCCAGGACAAUGAAACUUGGGAACUGACAGACUUGCCAGAAGGUAGUGCUUUAGUGCAGUAUAAAUUGGUGUUUAAAGUGAGGGUUGACAGUGCUAACAAUAAAACCUACUGGGUUAGGUUAAUAGCUAAGAGUUUUACCCAAAUAGAAGCGAUAGAUUAUAAUGAAACCUUUUCGCCUGUUGUUAGGCACUCUACUCUAAGGUUGUUAAGAGCUUUAAGUGUAAAAUUAGAUUUAGACAUCUUCCAUCUUGACGUAACCACAGCCUUUUUACAAGGUCAUUUAGAGGAGACCAUUUUCAUGAGCCAACCUGAAGGUUUUGUAAAUUCAGAUGGAUCAUUUAAAGUUUUAAAUUUGGAACAUGCCAUGUAUGGCCUAAAACAAUCCUCUCGUGUUUAGUACAAGAAGGUUUUAACUAAUUUAGGGUACAAUGUAUCCAAAUAUGAAUAGUUCAACGAUACAGUGAACUAUUUUACUAUUUAUCUCAUAUUCUGUUAUCAAGGGCUACAACACAGGAGCUUGUUUUAUAUUAUAUUAUUAUAUUUUUUGAUAAUGAUAAUCUCGUUUAAAAUAUUUCGCUCCAUCUACUGUAUAGGGGAAUUAUUAUAAUUUUUGAACAAAACAUGGAUAAAUAUUAGUUCAUUUUGCGACUUACAAGGUCAAGGUCCUGUCUUGCGGCUCUCCUUAUAUUUUUAGCUGGUUUUUUGGUCAGUUACAUUAUAAAACCGACAUUCUGAAAAAAUUGUUUCAAUUCUCGAUAAACUACUCAAAAUAAUAAAAAACUAAUAGGAUAAUUAUAAAAAAAUACAUGUAGAUUAAGAAAACAAAAUAUUACUUUUAAUUCUACAAAUAAAUUCAGGGAAUGUUAUUAAAAAUUAAUCUAUCAGAUAAUGAUAAUGGUAUUUUUAGAUACAGGAUCCCUACUAUUUCAUAUGGACAAUAUUUUGCUAUUUCUUAAUCAAUAACGAUUAGAAAGUUGGUUAAAUUAGACAAAAUUUGCGCAGUUCUGUACUUAUUAAAAUGGUGCCUAGAAAUAUUUUAUAUCUACAGAGACAUUCAAAAUAUCGGACAAUAAAUUAAAAUUAUCAUUUCUUUAAAUUCAUUCAUUGUUUGUACGAUAUUUCGAAUCACCCUGUAGGUAUUAAAGGUUUCUUGGUACCAUUUUAAUGAGCACAAAAUUGCUCAAAUAGGGAUCCAGUAUACUAUUGAAAUGAGUUUGAGAAGUGAUUAAAACUAUUGUAUAAAUAUAGAAUUAUUCUAUAUUUCUAAAAAUUAUUACCCUUUGCAUAAUACAAUCAUGAAAAAUUAUCA